AUGGCGGCUCCAUUUUACUAUCCUCCAUACUUCUUCUGUAAAGCUGUCGUAUGUUGUUUCAAGAAGAUGAAGAAGUGUCUUGGAGUUGAUGGAGAAGAAAUCAUCCACGACAUUGAAACCGGCACGCUACCAACAACUCCACCGCAACCGGCGCGUCAACAGAAGCAGCAGAAGAAGCUUGAAAGGGCUGAAGCUUAUGAAGUUUUUCGUUACCGAAAGGAUGUUGAAGCAGGUGGAUUUCACAGCGGAGAGUGUGUUAUUUGUUUGGGAGAGUAUGAGGAAGACGAUGAGUGUGCGAGGCUUAAGAAAUGUAAGCACACGUACCACCGUGCAUGUAUUGACAAGAUGAAUAUACAUGCAACUUGA